GAUAACAAAACAAUAAUCAUUCUCAUCUCUCUCUCUCUCAGUCGCCUGAGAAAUGCGACUGCUCCUCCUCACUCUCGCGCUCCCCCUCCUCGCUCUCUCACCUCCGGCGACUUCCCAUUUCUCCUCUUCCUCGUCUCCUUCCUCAGCCGCAUCCGAUUGGCGCUCCGCCCGCGCCACUUACUAUGCCGCCUCCGAUCCACGCGACUCCGUCGGAGGUGCUUGCGGCUUCGGUGACCUAGUUAAGGCCGGCUAUGGCAUGGCCACCGUCGGCCUGAGUGAGUCCCUCUUCGAACGCGGACAGAUCUGCGGCGCUUGCUUCGAGCUCCGCUGCGUAGACGAUCUCCGUUGGUGCAUCCCGGGGACCUCCAUCAUUGUCACCGCCACUAACUUCUGCGCUCCUAAUUACGGUUUUACCCCCGAAGGCGGUGGCCAUUGUAACCCUCCGAACAAGCAUUUCGUGCUCCCGAUCGAGGCCUUCGAGAAGAUCGCUAUCUGGAAGGCCGGGAACAUGCCGAUUCAGUACCGUAGGAUAAACUGCAGAAGGGAAGGAAAUAUGCGGUUUUUGAUUGAUGGGGGAGGGAUAUUCGUGUCAGUGCUGAUCACUAAUGUCGCGGGCGCUGGAGAUAUAACCGGGGUGAAGAUCAAAGGGUCGAGAACCGGGUGGCUGCCGAUGGGCAGGAACUGGGGUCAAAACUGGCAUAUCAAUGCAGAUCUCCGGAACCAGCCUCUCUCGUUCGAAGUCACUGCCAGCGACGGUAGCACUGUGACAUCUUACAAUGUUGCUCCCAAGAACUGGAAUUUCAGGCAGACCUUUGAAGGGAAACAGUUUGAGACUCCAUGAAAACAUGGCAUGAGGGUGUGUACUUUUAUGUCUCAGUGAUUUUGGCAUUGGUGAGUGAAACUUGAUUUGGUCGUUCUGUACUGUAUUAUUAUGUAUCCGUCUAUAUAUGUUCGAUGAGCCAACAAGGCAAAGUUUUUGUCUGAAAA